UCCUCUGGCUGCUGUGGUAUACUUGAUGUCUGCGGUGCAUAGUCUGUCUUUAUUAUAUGCCUGAGUUUGUAGCAAGCGUUCACUGUGUAGUAAACUACCGAAGGCGAUAUCUGAAUGGCAGAGGAGGCACUCGCGAAUACUGUUGACAGCGUCGUCCCAGGCGAUGAGGGGAAGAAGAAGUUUAAGAAAUGCGAGGAUAUUGCAUUUUACAGGCGGCAGAAGGGGGAACAUGCAACACAAUACCACCCCCUGUUGGACACUAUGGUGAUAACAGAGAAAGGAGCAGAGAUGGAGAUCGUGGACCUGGGCAUGCAGGCACAGCUGCUCCUACAAGUGUGUGCCAUCAAAGAUGGGGUUCUUAGGGUUACAAUUGAUGAACUGAAGCCAAUAAGAGUGCGUUACAAGGUUCCGGAUGUUCUGAUUGGAGAGCCAGUUUGGGAGCGGCUGCGAGUGGACAGGAGGGAAAAGAACUCCCUCACACUGUGCUGGGGUGCGGGUCAGGACCGGUUUCGGAUCAGCAUCUCUCCAUUCUUGAUGGAGGUGCUGUGUGGAGAGGAGGUGACUGUCACCCUCAACCCAGGAAACAGGCUGUUUUUUGAAGCGCUGCAGGAUCCACCCAAGCUGGGGCCAACCUCAGAGACAGAAGAGGGGGAGGAAGAUUCUGCAGGAUUGUGGAAGGAAACAUUUAAAGAGUUUGUGGACAUCAAGGCAAAUGGUCCCAGUUCUGUUGGUUUGGACUUCACUCUCCAUGGUUUCUCCCAUGUGUAUGGUCUCCCUGAGCAUGCAGACUCCUUCUGCCUGAAGGACACCAGUGAUGCGGAACCUUAUCGUCUGUACAACUUGGAUGUGUUUGCCUACGAUAUUAAUAGCAGACUGGGUCUGUACGGUUCCGUCCCACUCGCGCUGGCCCACAAACCCAGCAGAAGCAUCGGGGUUUUCUGGCUCAACGCAUCCGAGACAUUGCUGGACAUCAGAAUGUCUGGGGACCGCCCUGCUGUGGAGGGUGCCAGUUCUCCCCCAGUGAAGAGGAGGAAGGUGUCUCCCCACACGGACCUGCACUGGAUGUCAGAGAGUGGCGUGAUUGACACCUUCAUCCUGCUGGGACCCACCCCUUCCCAGGCGUUCUCUCAGUAUGCAGAACUGACAGGAUAUCAAGCUUUGCCCCCCCUUUUCUCUCUGGGUUACCACCAGUGCCGAUGGAACUAUAAGGAUGAAACCGAUGUGAAGGAAGUGGACGCCGGGUUUGACUGCCAUGACAUCCCCUACGAUGUCAUCUGGCUUGACAUCGAGCACACAGACAAAAAGCGCUACUUCACCUGGGACCCACACCUGUUCCCAGACCCAGUCGGCCUACAGCGCCACCUACAGGAAAAGAACAGGAAACUGGUGGUCAUCAGUGACCCUCACUUCAGGAUCGACCCUCUCUGGCCUCUUUACCAUGAGGCCAAGAACUAUGGCCACUUUGUGAAGGAUAGAGAAGGAGGACUUUACCAGGGAUCUUGCUGGCCAGGUGACUCCUGUUACCUGGACUUCAGCAGCCAGAAGGCCCGUGCAUGGUACUCUGGGCUUUUCUCUCUAGACAAGUACAAGGGCUCAACGGAAUCUCUAUUUGUGUGGAAUGAUAUGAAUGAGCCCUCUGUGUUUGACGGGCCAGAGCAGACCAUGCCCAAAGACGCAGUGCAUUGUGGGGGCUGGGAACACCGGGAGCUACACAACUUGUAUGGAUUCUAUCAGCACCUGGCCACUUUUGAGGGUCUGAUAUCACGAUCAGGUGGCUUGGAGAGACCUUUUGUCCUGUCACGCUCCUUCUUUGCUGGGUCCCAGAGGCUAGGUGCUGUGUGGACAGGUGACAAUUUGGCUACCUGGGAGUACUUGAAGAUUUCCAUCCCUAUGCUGUUGUCCCUGAGUAUUACAGGUGUGGCCUUUUGUGGAGCGGAUGUGGGUGGGUUUUUCCAGGACCCGGAACCAGAACUGCUGGUGCGCUGGUACCAGGCGGGGGCGCUGCAGCCCUUCUUCCGGGGUCACUCUGCCAUGCAGACGAAACGCAGGGAGCCCUGGCUUUUUGGGGACAGUGUCACUGCAGCAAUCCGCACAGCCAUCAGACAGAGAUACCGUCUGCUGCCCUACUGGUACACACUCUUUCACCAUGCCCACACCUCUGCUAAGCCCCCACUCAGGCCACUGUGGGUGGAAUUCCCCAAGGAGCAGAACACUUUUGCAGUGGAACACCAGUACAUGAUAGGUGGUGCUUUGCUGGCAUGUCCAGUGACUGACCCUGGAGUCACGGAGGUCAAGGUUUUCCUUCCUGGCGCUGGGGAGAGCUGGUACGACGUGCACACUGCUCAGGUCUUCAGAGGCGGCAGGACCGUGAGCCUCCCUGUGACUCUGGAUACGGUGCCCUUGUUUCAGCGUGGGGGCACCGUGAUUCCCAGGAGGACAGCUUCGGGGUCCUGCACAGCACACCUCCAGCAGCUGCCCUUCUCCCUCACUGUGGCCCUGGACUCCAAGGGCCAUGCAGAGGGGGAGCUGUACCUGGACGACGGGCACUCCUUCAGCUUCAGAGACAGGAAGCAGUUUGCCCUGCGCAGGUUUUCUCUGCAGCAGGGUCAUCUGCACAGUAGCCGUGCAGAUGACACAGGGCUGUUUGACUCAGAGAGUACAGUCCAGUGUGUGAGCUUCCUGGGGGUGAAGAGGAAACCAUCCGCUGUGACAGUGCAGAUCUCAGGUGCCAAGGAGGAUCACACUGAGUUCCACUAUCAGGAGGAGCAACAUUUGCUAACAGUAGGAGGUCUCAGCCUGGAAGUAGGAAAGGACUGGGAAAUUAGGAUCCACUAGGGGCAGUUCUACCCAGGAUGCAUUGCAUCAAUGGUCUGGAAUGACACCACUGAAGGUGCUCUUUUAUGGAAUUCUUCACAUAAUACUUUGAGAUGGCUCAGUGUUUCCUACUUACAGAAUUAAAAAUCAAAGACAAGAGAAAU